AAACUGGCCCAAGGUUGCACAACGCAGAACUUCCUGAAUUCUGAAUCCUGGACUCAAGCUUCCUGUCUGCUGGAGAGGACUGUCCAGGGACCAAAGAGAAGCGGCUCCCGCGCCGAGGGAGGAGAGCGCGAGCUGCGUGGUGACGGGGACGCGGGCUCCGCGGACCGCAGUGUCCUGGGAACGCAGCCGGGUGGCUGCGCCUGCCGAGCCCGGGAGCUGAAGGACAAUCGCACAGACCACCCGCGAGCCUCAAAUCUUGCAUCGUGCCCAGCUGCCUGGAGUCACAAGACGCGAGCGCCAGAGGGGACGAAUUCCCAGGAGCGCGGUCCGGGGCGCGCCGCGGCGGGUCGCUGUUCUGGUGCUGAAGCUCGGCGCCGCGGGAGCUGUCCGGUGCUGAACACGGAUGCGGCCGGGCCGCGAGGCUCAGAGCCGAGCCUGCAGCAGCCAGCGAGCGGGCCGGACCAGCUUCUGAGAGCUCCGACGAGAGCGCGCAGAGGGCAGGGAGCGGGGACUCCCAGCUGGGCAUGGACCUGCAGGGACUCGACUCCUACCAGGGGGGACCUGGCUGCGACUUCAACGAGCACGUGCUGCAUAAGACCAUCCUGGUGGGUGACAGCGGUGUGGGGAAGACAUCUCUGCUGGUUCAGUUCGACCAGGGCAAGUUCAUUCCGGGCUCCUUUUCGGCAACUGUGGGCAUCGGAUUCACAGUGAUGCUUCUGGGAGACUCAGGUGUCGGCAAAACCUGUUUCCUGAUCCAAUUCAAAGAUGGGGCCUUCCUGUCCGGGACCUUCAUAGCCACGGUCGGCAUAGACUUCAGGAACAAAGUGGUGACAGUAGAUGGUGCCAGGGUGAAGCUCCAGAUCUGGGACACGGCAGGGCAGGAGCGCUUCCGCAGUGUCACCCACGCCUAUUACAGAGACGCCCAGGCCUUGCUCCUGCUGUAUGACAUCACCAACAAAUCUUCCUUCGACAACAUCAGGGCCUGGCUCACCGAGAUUCACGAGUACGCCCAGAGGGACGUGGUGAUCGUGCUGCUGGGCAACAAGGCGGAUGUGAGCAGCGAAAGGGUGAUCCGUCGGGAGGACGGAGAGACUCUGGCCAGGGAAUACGGCGUUCCCUUCAUGGAGACCAGCGCCAAGACCGGCAUGAACGUGGAGUUAGCCUUCCUGGCCAUUGCCAGGGAGCUGAAACACCGGGCAGGGCAGCACGCUAAGGAGCCCAGCUUCCAGAUCCGAGAUUAUCUGGAGUCCCAGAAGAAACGCGCCAGCUGCUGCUCUUUUGUGUGACUCCCAAGGGGCUGAGAAGAGAUCCCAGAGGCCCUCAGGAUAUAGCUGUCUCCCCAACACUGGCUUAUUUGGAGAGGCUGAGUCAAGGAGAAGUCAAGAGGUCCAGUACACAGCCCUUUCACCCAGGCAGCUGUCUCAAAGGUCCCAGCCCUCUUCCUGUAGCUUCCUGUAUCCUGGGGAAAGGCUAAAUAUUUUAUCUCAUUUUAUCUUAAUGAUACAUAAUUUAAUAUCAAAACAAGAAAAAAGAAAAAGGCAACAGAAUGCCCAGAAAACUGAGAAAGGGACCUGACAGUCCUUUUGCCUUCUUGAGCUUAGGAUUAGGACCUAAAAGGCUGAGUGGGCUUCCCUCCUAGCAACAAGGGUAGUAUUGGUGUCAGGGGAUACUAUCGCCCCUGUGAGACUGCUAGUGACUGCCCCCCUCCUCCCUUCACCUGAAAACCGCCUUGGCCUUCACUUCCUGCUCCCCAGGGCAAGAUGCUCUUCCCCAGGAGAUUUCACUGGGAGUUUAGACUGAAGCUUAGGGAAAGACAGGAGUUGUAGAUUGGAAGGGGCCAGCUUCCUGGGGCAGGAAGAGAGUAGUAGAGACUACAUACAGUCUAUCCUCCAGCUACCUAUGGCCUUCUGAUCCCUUUCUGGAGGUGUACCCCUCCCCUCCAGCAUACAAGCCCCCCAGGGCACCUGAAAACCUUGGUUCCAGUUCCCUGGAUCUCAGAUCCCUGAGGAACCCCUCCCCACUUUCUAUCUCAGCUGCCUUUCUGCUUGUGUCCACAGACACCUGAGGUCAGUCAGGAAAAGGUUUUUCUUCCCUUUCCAAUACUUUGGGAGGGUGAGCAACCCCACAGCUACUUCUUCAGGCAGCAGAGGUUCUUAGCUCCCGUGGGUUAAAAGCCCGACAAAGAGAAACUCCAGGAUCCUAGACAAAGUGAGAGGCGGAAUUGAGCAAACCUGCACCCCCAAGACUAUCUCCCCAAACCCAAGCUCUCCCUCCAACCCAACUACCAUUCCCUUUGCUUUAACAUCUCGGACACCAGCGCUAACACUGCUUUAUCUCCAGACUUCCUGAGACAGGUUAGGGAAAUCAUUGGUUUCUGGGCGAAUCAGUGCAGAGUACAAAAUAGGGACAAGUAGGUACGCCUAGGGUAAAGAGAUAGGCAGCAAAGAGUGAGUUCAUGUAGGCCCAGAGUCAUAUUGCCCCCAAAGCCCUCACCUCAGUCCUCGGGAAAUGAAAUAGAGACCUGCUGUAGGUUGGGACCUCCAGGCACCUCCCUCCAGCCCUGCAGGCCAGGGGCAGGGGAGGGGAGGCAAAGAAGUAUGCAAGACACAUUUAUGAGGCUGCUACAUUUGCUUUCAAGGCAGGAAUCUUGGUCUCUGAGCUCCCACUUGUGCUGAUAAGAUAAGGAAGCUCCUCAUAACCUCUUCCAGAUGGAGCAGGGAGAGAGGCCUGACCUCGCAGGUCUCUUCUGGGACGAAGGGCAGGUUGCAAAAGAUCCAGGGACCCAGGAAACUCUGAGCUCCUAGCAUUUGCAUUUUCAGAAUUAAAUCGCAGUAUUUUGGAAAGUA